AAGUCACAUGUAGGUAGCGACGCUUAACAAGAUCUGUUGACUUAAGAAGUGCUUGGCUUCAGAAACCACAAAAAUGCUGAAAAAACUUUUUAAACUCUCAGCAAUUUUUGCUUUACUCAGUGUGGCAUGUUUUGUUUUUAUUUUAUUCCACAGAAAAGAUACCACAUUUGAUAUCUUAAUUGAGAAAUACAGUAAGGAAAAUGGAAAUGGGACCCUAUUUUUGGAGAUAAAAGGACGUAUACAAGAGUUCCUGAAAAAAGAAGAUGACAGACCUAAAAACAGCGAAAAGAAGACAGAAAUUCCUACCACUGAUGUUUCUACUGCUGCCUCUACAGUGGUUUUAGGAGCCUGUCCUGACACCCCUCCAAAACUUGUAGGCCCUCUCCAGGUGGAUUUUUUCACCAGAAGAACUUUAGAUGAGGUGAGGAAGGAACUCAAGGGAUCUCUUCAGGAGGGAGGACGGUACAAGCCGACAGAAUGCAUCAGUAAACAUAAGGUGGCAAUCAUCAUCCCUUUCCGAAAUCGUUAUGAGCAUCUGGUCCACUGGCUUCAUUACCUCCAUCCUAUACUGAGGCGACAGCAGCUGGACUAUGGUGUGUAUGUGAUCAACCAGGAUGGAGAUGGAAUCUUCAACAGAGCCAAACUCAUGAAUGUAGGUUUUGUUGAAACACAGAAGUAUGACAGCUAUGAAUGCUUUGUGUUCUCUGACAUCGACCUGGUUCCGAUAGAUGACCGCAACCUCUAUCGAUGUUUUGACAAACCCAGACACUUGGCUGUAGCUAUGGAUAAGUUCAACUUCCAGUUACCCUAUAAUACCUACUUUGGAGGUGUUUCAUCUUUGUCUAAAGCACAGUACAUGAGGAUUAAUGGCUUCCCUAAUACAUACUGGGGUUGGGGUGGAGAAGACGAUGAUAUCUACAAGCGAAUUGUCUUCCGCGGCAUGUCCAUUUCUCGGCCUGACUCUGUGAUAGGGAAAUACAAGAUGGUCAAACAUAAAAGAGACUUGCACAACGAACCUAAUCCAAAGAAUCCUGACAAACUGGGACAUACCCAAUCAACGAUGGAUCAAGAUGGGAUUAAUUCCCUCAAAUACACAGUCAAGAAGGUCGAGAAAGAUGUCCUUUACACUUUUAUCACUGUGGAUGUUGAUGCUCCAAAAAGCUGAAGGAAACCAAACCACUGGCUGCUUCAACUCAUUGUUUAGUUUCAUGAGUCAAAGACAGGGUAACAUAUUCUAUCUUGGGUAAUUAUUUUAUGGUAAGCUUAAAAUCUGUAAAAUAAAAUCUGUAAUGCAAGCUUCACAUCUUAAUCAAAACUGGGACAGAAUCAGAUGCAUCUUCACCUCAAGUUAUGUUUCUAAUAGAUAUAUUGAGAUUGUAAAUUAUUUUUGUUAAAACCAGGAUGAGUAAUAACAUGAGCUUGUGUGCAUUUAAAGCUACAUAUUAGUAUGUUAUUUCUAUGACAUGCACAGUUGAGUGAUACUGAAGUACUGUGUAGAGACAGCCUUCACUUUAUCCAUUCAAUUCAUUCAGUUACUGACAACAGACACUGUGAAUUAUUAUAAUACUGGUAAGGUAUACUGGUGAUACUGGUAAGGUGAUACUUGAAGGUCUAGUUUGCAAUCUUUAGUGGUAUGAAGACAUAAAACUGCACAGUGCAACCAUCUAAAUACUAUUCACCUUCCCCUCAUCUAUGGUUACUGCUGAGGAAAAAAAGUGAAAAUGUGAAAAAUGUAAAAAAAAAAAAAAAAAAAAAUCCCUAGUAAGAGACAGUGUUUGCUUUGUCCAUUCUGUGCUUUUACUUUUUCACCCUGACCCACACCCAUAGUGACAGUGAUGUUUUGCCAAAGAAGAACAGUGAGCUUAAAUCUCACACACUUGACAUGUUAACUAAAAGUUACUGUCUUGUAUGAAAUGUUUACAUGUUAUCUUCCAUUUGAAGAACUUUAACAUUACUUUAAGAUGUAGUUGUGUGUUUCACACAUUUUUUCUCUUUUGGGCAGACAGGUUUGUAGUUUAUGUAUAGUUUUUUGCAAUAAAGUUGUUUGAAGGAGGGUCUUAAUCAAUGUGAUGAAUUACAUCUGUGAUCCAAAUCUAUGUUUACUUUAUGAGUAAUGUAAUAAGUAAUGCAAUGAAUGGUUUCUAUGGUCUAGCAUAGACCAUGGUGUUAAUAACACUGACAGCAUCCCAUAACAAAUGGCUCAUUACACUGGUCUACAAUUAAAAUGCCUUCAGAAUAAAAGUAGUGAAAAAAGUUUGAGUCACUAAUAACGAAAAAUUACACGAGAUACUGGUUGGCUGUAGUUUAAACAAAUACAGUCUUGUGUCAAAAUAUUAAAUUCUGUUAAUUACUGACCCAAUUAAUUUUACUUAAAAUGAAUGUUUGUCUCAGAGAUACCAGAUCUACUUAAAAAAAUGCUGUCUGCACAUUACAGUACAUUCAUUUCACAGGUUCUUUGGAGUGAAAGAUUUAUCAAUCUAUUCUAUAAAUGUACUUAAACCAAUACAUAUGUGCAUUAACAUUUUAUCAUAUUAAUUGAAAACAUCAUCUAACCAGCACUUUUGUCAUCAUUUCCAGUUUUUCUUAUGAAAGUAUGCAAGAUUUAGCCCAUUUAAUCUCUGAGGAAGAUAAUAAA